UUUUGCUCUAGCCUGCAGUUUCGUUCGAGACAUGUGCCAGUGAUCGCGUUAAGUUGCGCUCUUCCUGAAUUAAAACUUUUAAAUAAUUUUUUCUAUUUUUGUUUUUAAUAAAAUAGUUCAAUUUAUUUUCUUUUGAGCAAAAGUUACAUCAAUAAUUGAUAAGUGUGACUUAUAAGCUCUUAUUUGGAAAGUACUAAACGUACAAAUCGAUUUCGUCUCACAACUUUAUUAUUUCUUAAGAUUUAAGCCUAACUCAUCAUUUUAGAAAGUAGAAGAAAACAUUUUUUUGUGACUGGUAAAAAGAGGAUCUAGACCCUCUGAUAGCUGAAUCAUGGCUGAAGCGCAUCAAGCUGUUGCAUUCAGUUUCGCAAUCACCCAUGAAGGUUGGAAUGUUGAUUACGAUCGAGAGGUUCUUAACCUCGUCUGGCAGUCUGGUGUGAGGUCGUGGAAAAAGAGAUUGGCAAGAAUAAAAGCCGGCAUUCGUAAUGGUGCAUAUCCAGCACAUUUGGAAAGUUUAUGGGUCGUAAUGAUAUUAGUGACAUUGAUGCACUACGCGAGUAAAAGUGUUCCAUUUGACUUAGUAAAUACAUGCAUGAAAGUUAUGCCAAGUGAUGGAAGCUUUUGGCACUUCAUUUCAUGCAUAAUAGUUUCAAUUACGUUCUGGAUAUUCAUAUGUAUGUUAAUGCGAUACUCGCUUAAAGGACUUCUAAUAUACAAGGGAUGGAUGUAUGAAUCACGUGGAUCAGGUUCCAAAACAAGCUUAUCUACAAAAGUUUGGUUUGUGCUUGUAAAAGUCUUUAAAAGAUGGAAUAAUCCAGGACUUUAUAGCUUUCAAAGUUCAAUUCCUCGCUUGCCACUUCCAAGCGUUCAUGACACAAUGACACGUUGGUUACGUUCAGUUCGUCCACUUAUGGAUGAUGCAAUGUAUGAUAAAGUAACAAGAGAAGCAGAAGAAUUUGAAAAUGGAAUUGGAAAGAAACUUCAAUGGUAUUUGAUCCUAAAGAGCUGGUGGUCCACAAACUACGUUUCAGAUUGGUGGGAAGAGUAUGUCUAUCUUCGCGGUAGAAGUCCACUUAUGGUCAACAGCAAUUUCUAUGGUGUUGAUGCAAUUUUCACACAUCCAACGAAAAAUCAAGCUGCACGUGCUGCAAGUGUUUGUCAUCUUCUCCUUCAAUUUCGACGAAGCAUCGAUCGACAGGAACUAGAACCAAUUAUGGUCCAAGGAUUAAUUCCACUAUGCUCAUGGCAAUAUGAGAGAACAUUCAAUACAGCUCGUGUUCCUGGCGUUGAGACAGACAAGAUUGUUCAUUACAAAGAUUCAAAGCAUAUUGUCGUCAUCCAUAAAGGCUGUUAUUAUAAGAUGCCAAUUUACCACAAAGGCAGAUUACUAAAGCCAUGCGAACUUCAAUAUCAAUUUGAGCAAAUUUUACAAUCAAAAUCAUCUCCAGUUCAUGGUGAAGAAUUUUUGGCGUCAUUGACAGCGUGGGACAGAACUAAAUGGGCUCAUGCACGAGAAAAGUUUUUCUCCCGUGGAGUUAAUAAGACAUCAUUAUUUUUAAUUGAAAGUGCUGCUUUCGUUGUCUCUUUGGAUGAUGAACCAUUUGAAUUUGACUUGUCACAGCCUGAGAAGCUUGACAAUUUCGGACGUCAUUUACUUCAUGGAAAGGGAUGUGAUCGGUGGUUUGACAAGAGCUUUACGUUGUGCAUAGCUACAAAUGGACGAAUUGGAUUCAAUGCAGAACAUACAUGGGGCGACGCUGCAGUGAUGAGUCAUAUUUGGGAAACCUUAGUUGUCGAUGAAGGACAACCUGAACGAUAUGACGAGAAUGGCAACACACCAGGUCAAAUUGAACAGAUUCCACCAGCAGCAACAAGAUUAUCAUGGAGUUUUAAUGAUGAUAGCCUGUUGAAGACAAUUGAUCAAGCAUACGAUGAUUCACAGAAAGUUAUCAACGAUGUUGACUUAAGAAUCCUCGUUCACGACGCAUAUGGAAAAGGUUUCAUGAAGACUUGCCGUUGUUCUCCAGAUGCAUUCAUCCAGAUGGCUCUUCAACUUGCUUACUAUAGAGAUUAUGGAAAAUUCUCAUUAACUUAUGAAGCAUCAAUGACGAGAUUGUAUCGUGAAGGUAGAACAGAAACUGUUCGUCCAUGCACAAUCGAAUCAGCAGCAUGGGUCAAAGCCAUGCAAAAUUCUGAAGUUACAGCAACUGAAAGAGUCAGAUUGCUCGGUGAAGCAUGCAAGAGACAUCAACAAGGAUAUCAAGAUGCAAUGUGUGGCAGAGGAGUUGAUCGUCAUCUGUUUUGUCUAUAUGUUGUUUCCAAAUAUCUAGAAGUGGAUUCGCCAUUCUUAAAGGAAAUUCUUAGUGAACCAUGGAGGCUGUCAACAAGUCAGACACCACAUGGACAGACACCAAAAAUGGAUUUGAAGAAAAAUCCAAACUUUAUCUCUGCUGGUGGGGGAUUCGGUCCAGUUUCAUCUGAUGGUUAUGGUGUGUCAUACAUCAUUGCUGGAGAGGAUCUAAUCUUCUUCCAUAUUUCGAGCAUCAAAAGUUGUAAAGCCACAGACUCUGAGAGAUUUUCACAGCAAAUUUGUCGAGCACUUGCGGAUAUGAAGAUUCUUUUUGAGCAAUACAAGCUUGAGCAGAAGAAGUCAGUGACAAAUGGAACAUCGCAUUAAAUUUUAGAUAUAAAUCUUAUUGAAAAAGUAGUUUAAUGACUCUAAUCAUGCAUAUUUAAAACUGUUACCAAGAAAACUUACAAUGCAAUUUUACAAAGAAAAACGAAGAAAAGUUGACAGGAGACAUCACAGCCUGUUGAUUUUUUUUUUUUAGAUGAAUUAAUUUAUGGUAGAUGGGUAGUUUAAUGCUGUAAGAUUAAGAAAUUAGCUGUUGAAUGAGGAAUUGAUGGAAUUUUGAAAUUUAUGUGACGAGUUCAUUAAAAUUGCUUAAAAGAGUAUGGAAUAGAGAAGAAGUUCCGAUAAACAGUUUGACUUGGGUUUGUGGACAUAUAUGUACCUUUGAGAAGCCCACUUUGUGAUUACGGGACUCAGAUAUUAGAAACUAAAUGAUUAUCAUGGAAACUAAUCUAUUGCUAUGAAUAUUUACGCAAUUAUCAAUGCAACAUGAACUUUGUUAAUAAUAUUAUUUUAGAAGAAAUAAAGCAAUUCUCCUAAU